AUGUUAGAAUACUUCCCUCGCGACAUAUAUCUCCAGGUCCUCAAAUGGCUCCCUCUCAAUUUCAUUCUCCAAUGUCGUACAGUCUGCAAAUCAUGGAAUUCCCUCGUUUCAAGCAACGAUUUCAUCUCCGUUCACCACAAUUUAACCAAAUCGAUCAUCGAAAGCGGAAAUCAAACGCUAUUGAUCAGGUAUUUCGAUCGAACACGUAAACUCGAGCAAUACAUCAUCGGAAAAGAUGACGAAACUUUCGGGUUAAACUUUUCUAAUAUUGAUUUCCAAUAUGCGAGCACAAGCGCCUAUUUUAGGGUUGUCGGAUAUUGUGAUGGCGUAUUUUGUUUGAGCGAUGACUUAUUUGAUUCCAUGUCUAAGGUUAUUCUCUGGAACCCAUCGAUCAGAAAAUCCAUACGGGUUAUGAUUCCGAACAAUGAAAAAAGUUUAACUCAAAGGACUGUUUUGGGGUUUGGUGUUUGUCCAAGAACUCACGAUCCAAAGGUUGUGAGAAUCAUGUAUGCGCAUAACUUCUCGAUGCCGCAUAAGCUUCAAGACGCUCCAUUGAUAGACGUUUUUUCACUUUCAUCAGGUGGUUGGAGGCAGCUUCUCGGGGGUAAUCAUAACAGUACUCCACAUAAACUGAUUCGAUUAACAUGGUCUCAGGUUUGCUUUAAUGGAGUUAUACAUUGGGUUGCUUGCGACUGGAAACAUGACGCGAUUCUUCGUUGUUUGAUCAUAUCAUUUGAUUUGGUCCAUGAGGUGUUCGAUGAAAUGCCACUACCAGAUGUUUUAACUCAUCAUGAUGUCUCAAGCUUGUCAAUCAGUACUCGCAAAGGAUAUCUUGUCAUGCUUGAGUAUGACAUGGAAAGAGGGAAGGAAUGCUGUGGUGUAUGGGCUAUGAAGGAGUAUGGUAUUGCAAGAUCAUGGGAAAAGUUAUAUGUUGUUCAUCUACCUGGUAUGUUAAGAAAGACGAUUGGGUUUAGGGGCAAUGGGGACAUGGUAGUGGCGUUGAAGAAUCAUGAGUUAGUGACUAUUGAAUGCACAGGGAACAUCAGGAGUCUUGAUGUAUAUGCCAACAUACGUUCUUUCUUCCUUGGGUCAUAUAUGGAAUCCCUAAUUUUGAUCAGUCAGAUGGAUCGACAGAUGUAUCUUGUUAAUGGUGAUGAUGACGAUGACACUUGUGAAAAAUAUAGAGAUAAAAAGGAAGGUGGACAUGUGGCAAUUGGCCUUUCUAACCACAAUUGUGUAUUUUUCGUUUCGGUUAAUAGAUCGAAAUCCCAUGCUCCUCUGAUUUCACCAACUCAGUGUGUGAUUCAAGGAAUCGGCGACAAUUUUAGGGCUAGGCUUUCAAUUUUGGAUGCAGAAAACCAAAUCCAUCAGCCAGUCGAUCUUUCUUCUCAUGAUGCAUUUGGGAAUUCAGAAGCAUUAAUACUGAUGAAGAAGAUUGGACGAGAGGAUUUUGUUAAUUUGACCCUAAUUCUCAAAUACUCCCAAUUCCCAUGGACAACCGGAGUAGCUGCUGUAUUUGUUUUUAUCAGCCUCACCCUUUCCAUUUUCCUCUUACUCCAGCACCUAUCUGCUUACAAGAACCCCGAGGAACAGAAGUUUUUGUUGGGUAUUGUACUCAUGGUGCCUAGUUAUGCUAUUGAAUCUUUUGUAUCGCUAUUGAAUCCAUCAAUAAGCAUUGCAGUUGAGAUACUACGAGAUUGCUAUGAAGCUUUUGCAAUGUAUUGCUUUGGGAGAUAUCUUAUUGCAUGCUUGGGGGGCGAAAAAAGAGCAAUCAAUUUCAUGGAGAGGGAAGGGCGUGCAGGUCUUAAAGGCCCCUUGCUAGAAAAACGUUCUUCAAAGGGAAUCAUUACUCAUGUUUUUCCAAUGAAUCUAUUCUUACAACCAUGGCAACUAGGUCAAAGAGUUUACCAAAUCAUGAAAGCUGGAAUCGUACAAUAUAUGAUUAUAAAGGCUGUUACAGCUGUUUUAGCGGUGGUUCUUGAAGCCUUUGACGUAUACUGUGAAGGAGAUUUCAGAUGGGAUUGUGGGUACCCUUACAUGGCUGUUGUUUUGAAUUUCAGCCAAUCAUGGGCUUUAUAUUGCUUAGUUCAGUUUUACGAAAUCACAAAGAAAGAACUCGCACAUAUCAAUCCACUUGCUAAGUUUCUGACAUUUAAAGCAAUUGUAUUUUUGACAUGGUGGCAAGGUGUCGCUAUUGCCCUUCUCUAUUCUUUUGGUUUUAUCAAAAUCCCAAUAGCUCAAGAGUCGCAAUUUAAAUCAUCUAUCCAGGAUUUUAUUAUUUGUAUUGAGAUGGGUGUUGCUUCUUUGGUUCACAUAUACGUGUUUCCUUCAGAACCCUACACGUUAAUGGGAGAUCUUUUCCAUGGAGAUUUUUCUGUUCUUGGUGAUUAUACUUCCGAUUGUCCUCUAGAUCCCGAUGAAGUUAGAGACAGUGAACGCCCCACAAAAUUACGUCUCCCAAGACACGAUCCUCGUGUGAAGAACAAAACCGCCAUUAAAGAGAGUGUUCGUGAUGUUUUUGUUGGUGGUGGUGAAUACAUUGUGAGUGAUUUGAGGUUUACAGUGAAUCAAGCUGUGCAACCAGUAGGUAAGGGGAUCACGAAGUUUAAUGAAAAACUGCAUAAAAUCUCUCAGAAUAUGAAGAAGAAUGAUAAAGGAAGGAGAACGAGAGAUGACAGUUGUAUUGCUAAAAGUAGAGAGAUACGUGGAAUAGAUGAUCCGCUUUUGAAUGGGAAUUUUAGCGACAGUUGUGGUGAUGGUGCUGUCAAGAAAACAAAGAGGCAACGAAGGACAUCAGGAUACAUGAGUGCAGAAAGUGGUGGUGAGAGUAGCAGUGAGCAAAGGGUGAGUUGUGAUAGGUAUCAAGUUCGUGGAAGUAGAUGGGUUACAAAGGAUUAGUAUAUGCAUUAACUUGAAAAAGACUUGAUUAAUGGAGAAAAGGAAUACAUGGAGAUCAAUAUAUGAAGAGAGAUGAUUUCAUGGAAUCUUUUGCUUUUAAAGGUGAAGUUGUUGAGUGUUUUUUUUGGCUACGAUGACACUCAAGAGGGCUUGUAGAUUCUUAAUUACGUGUUGAGCUUGUGUUGAUCAAUGUGCUUAUUUUCUCCUCAAUUUUGAUCAUGUUGAGAUGAUUUGGAUGUGAAGUUUUGGAUCAUUAUAAUAAAUUUAGAAAUUUUUGUAGUAGGAUGCAUUGGUUUUGUUUGGAG